AUGGCCUCAAAAUUCCUCAAAGCACUCGAAGUGAAGCCUACCGACGAUGAGUUUGAGUCGAUAGAAACUACAAGAUGGGGGAACAAGGUCGUCGGAUGCGUGAUCGCCAGCUUGUCGGCAUACUUGAACGGAGCGGCCGGUGCGAUUCACCACCUCGGAUACGGCACACUCGCUCGAGCGGCGUUCGGACUCUGGGGGUCUUACUUUGUCGUCAUGCUCAACGUCUUCCAGUCCUUCAUCUUCUACGGGACGCAGAUGUACUUUGGCGGAAUGGCUUUCGUCAUCAUCCUGAACUCGCUCUCCAGGAGCUUUCUUCACAUGGAGAACACGCUCCCGCUGUCAGCUGGGAUUACUACGCCGCAGCUUGUCGGAUUUAUCCUGUUCAUCUGCCUCUAUUUCCCGGUUAUCAUAUUCGUACCACCACACCAGGUUCAGAAGUUCCUCAAGGUCAACCUCGUCAUCUCCUCGGCAACACUCCUAGGCAUCAUGGGUUGGUGUGUUUCUGCGAACGGAGGCCCGGGAAAACUCGGAAAUCUGCAGGCGGAUGUCUCGCUCUCCAAGACGGAUGUCAGCUUCUUGAUGCUCCAAGGUAUCACCUCAGUCGCCGGAACCUACACUGGUGGCAGCGACAGAGUCAGCGACUGGACAAGAUAUGCGAAGUCGAGGCAUGCUCCCACAGCAGCCCAGCUGACGGCUCUGCCGAUCACGGUGACGCUGGUUGCACUCGUGGGCAUCAUCGCCACUUCCGCCGCCGCCGAGCUUCUCGGAGAAAUACAAUGGAAUCCUGUCAUUCUGCUCCAACAAGUCCAAGCAACAUGGUACACGCCAGCCUGCCGCGCAGGGACAUUUUUUGCCGGUCUUGGCCUGCUUUCCGUUACCGUCUUCAUAAACUACACACAGAACAACGUGAGCAGUGGCAUGGACGUCGCAAUGCUUGUCCCACGCUACGUCAGCCGGCUGCGAGGCAGCAUCAUCUUCGCGAUCCUAGGUGUGCUCGCAAACCCAUGGCGUUUCCUCACGCAGGCAAGCACGUUCAUAACAGUGCUGAGCUCCUUUGGCGUCUUCAUGUCGCCAGCAGCCUCCAUAUUAGUCGUGGAUUUCUGGCUUGUUCGCCGGACCAAGUGGAACAUCCCGGACCUCUACACCCCCGGAGGCAUCUAUUGGUUCUGGAACGGCCUCAAUUGGCGCGCAUACACGGCUUACUUCUUGGGAAUGAUUUGGGCGUUGCCAGGCUUCGUCAUGGCUGUCGGCGGCCCUGCGGUGAGCAUUGGCUGGUACCGCAUCUACCAGAUCAGCUUCUUCUUCGGGUACGCGGUAAGCGGAGGGUUGUUCUAUGCGCUGAACCUGGCUUUUCCUCCGCCGGGACUGGGUGAGCAAGUGGAUUUCGACAUCCAUGGUAUUGUCGUCCCCGGCUUCCCUGGAGAGCAGAGUGGCAGCGAGGACAUGAACGAGAAGGGGCUUGCGACGAGUGUUGCCACAAGACAGAGCUGA